AUGACAAACUUAGAAAACAUCUGCGGUAAAUUUAACUCUUCAAUAGAGAAUAUGAAACUUAUAGUAUGUAACGAACUUCAAAGUAUAGAUACAACAAAAGUUUUGAACUCAGAUGCUUUGAAGAGUCUUAUAACAGACAAAGUUGGAGUUGUUGAAAGAAAAUAUAAAGACCAAAGAGUUUGUGAAAAUGUUGCAAAUUUCAUUAUGGUUUCAAACAAUGCCGUUCCGAUGAAGUUAGAAAGUUCUGACAGAAGAUAUGUAGUUGUCAGAACGUCAGAUUCUCAUAUGCAAGAUACAGAAUAUUUUGACGACUUAGCAGAAACUUUGACAUCUGACUUUUACAACCACUUGUUCUCAUAUUUCAUGACAUUAGAUAUUUCUAAGUUCAAUCCAAGACAAAUUCCACAUACCGAAGAGAGACAAACAUUGUUAGAAGCAAACAAGAGUGUAUAUGAACUGUUCAUAGAUGAAACUGACUUUGAGUGUUUAGAUGAAAGGUCAUUGUACGAUUCGUAUAAACAAUAUUGUCAAGAGUAUGGUUAUAUGACAGCGUCUAAACGAACAUUCUUGGCAAAUGUCAAAAGUCUUUUAGACGUACAGAAUGGUGUAUAUACAAAGAAAAAUUUUUCUGAGUAA